GCCAGGUUGUAUCAGCAAGUCGGUAUGAGUGUCAACAUCAACGUCCCCCCCUCACCUGCUCCUUCGGAGACGGGUGUCCUGCGGUUGAAAGGGAGCGCAAUCGUGGAUGCGAAUGGACAUGAAGUCUUGCUCAAGGGUGCCGGUCUCGGUGGCUGGCUGAACAUGGAGAACUUCAUCACGGGAUACCCUGGCCAUGAGACUGAGAUGCGCAGGGCCCUGUCAAAGGUGUUAGGGCAAGAGAAAUACGAUUUCUUUUUCGACCGGUUCCUGGAAUACUUUUUCGAUGAUAAAGACGCUGAAUUCUUUGCUUCGCUUGGCCUCAAUUGCUUGAGGAUUCCAUUCAACUACCGUCAUUUCGAGAGCGAUCUCAAUCCAGGAGUGUUUCUAGAACGUGGCUUUUUGUGGUUGGAUCGGGUGAUCAAUAUUUGUGCCAGGCGUGGAAUUUUCACCAUUCUCGACCUGCACGCAGCCCCGGGAGGUCAAAACGUAGAUUGGCAUUCAGACACAGGGAUCCACAAAGCCCUUUUCUGGGAGCACAAGGAGUUCCAGGAUCGUUCAAUUGCGUUGUGGCGAAAGCUCGCCGCUCGUUACAAGGGCAACACCUGGGUCGCAGGUUACAACCCGCUAAAUGAACCGACGGACAAGGAGCAUACCCGCGUUCUGGCAUGGUACGAGCGUGUCAACCAAGCAAUACUCGAGGUGGAUCCGGAGCACAUUCAAUUCUAUGACGGGAAUACUUUCGCGGCUGAUUUUUCUCGUUUCGGCCAACCGCUGCCUAACAGCGUAUAUGCUAUUCAUGACUACAGCAACUUCGGAUUCCCGGCUGGAGAGCCGUACAAGGGCACACCAGAACAAAAAAUGAGGCUAGAAAGCAGCUUUAAGCGGAAGAUUGCGUAUCAUCUCAAGCAUGGUGGCCACAUUUGGAACGGUGAAUUCGGGCCGGUUUACGCGGGCCCUACGGAUGCGCCUGACUGGGAAAGUAUCAAUGUGGAUCGGUAUAAUGUCUUGAAGGACCAGUUGUCGCUGUACGACCAGCAUAAGGUCUCAUGGAGUAUCUGGCUGUAUAAGGACAUUGGAUUUCAGGGAAUGGUAUACUGCGCGCCCGACACUCCUUACAUGAAGCGCCUGGAUGCAUUUCUGCAAAAGAAGAAGCGCUUAGCAGCUGAUGCUUGGGGCGCCGAUACUAGUACCGUCAAGGAUGUAUUCGACCCCCUUGAAGCCUGGUUUGUGAAGGAGGUCCCGCACAUCAAACAGCGCUAUCCGAGCACUUGGAGACCAAAUAACCAUAUUGGUCGUAUCAUGCGGAAUAUUCUUUUGUCCGAGGAGCUGAUCCCCGAAUACGCUGCCUAUUUCGAUGGGUUGACCAACCAGCAGCUCGACGAAAUGGCCGCCAGCUUCAAAUUCGAGAACUGCAUGCAACGAGAGGGUCUUAAUCUUGUUCUUCGUGAACACGCAGCCAAAUGAAGGGGCCAAUUUGCGAAUAAAUGACGGGAAACUAGUUGUUACCAUUCGUACACACGAUUUCAGCCAGUAAUUUGUGCGUGAUUCGUCGCGU